UUGGCCAUAACCAUUGAACUUCCCCACGUUGGCGAGUCGGUAGUCGAAGGCACCAUUGGCAAAUGGCUAAAGCAACCCGGAGACUCCGUACGUCGCUACGAACCGCUGGUGGAGGUCAUUACCGACAAGGUAACCAUGGAGGUGCCCUCCCCCGUGGAGGGUGAGCUGCUCCGGGUACUCGCCGCCGAGGGUGAGACCCUGCCGAUGGGCGCCCCCAUCGCCGAAGUCGGCGACCCCGGCGAAACUCCAUCAACGGACACUCCGGCUGCAACCCAUGCCUCCGCUCCUGCGGCCACUACCGCUCCGGCGGCGUCUGUGGACACCACCGGCUACCUGAUGCGCAACAUCACCCCCGUCGGCCCCACAGGCGGUGCCGCAGUCGAAGUCGCCGAGCCGAUGGUGGGCGUUGGGGUCCAGCACGCCCCGCCUGCAGCUCCAGCAAUCCCCGCACCAGUUCCCGCUGCAUCUCCCGUCGCGCCCGCCCAGGUCGCGCCCUCCCCGAGAGACGGCAGCCUGCGCCUGUCGCCUGCCGUCCGCCGCCUUGCCCGCGAACACUCCGUAGAGUUGGGCCUCAUCCAGGGCACCGGCAUGGGUGGCCGCAUCACCCGCGACGACGUCCUGAGGUUCUUAGCCGAACCACAUCCAGCGCCAGCAUCUGCUCUGGCCGCUGCUCAGACAACGCCGCUGGCUUCGGACAGGACACCAGCUCCCGCAGUGGCCGGUCCCGACGAAGAGCGCGUGCCCCUCACCCCCGUGCGCCGCAUGAUCGCGGAGGCGAUGGUUCGCAGCGUAACCGAAAUUCCCCAUGCCUGGAGCGUUAAGGAAGUCGAUGUGACCGGCCUCGUUGCCCUGCGCCAGAGCGUCCGGUCGGGCUUCGACCAGCAGGAAGGCGUGUCCCUCACCUUCAUGCCCUUCGUCAUCCGCGCGGUGGUGGAGGCGUUGCGACAGGUUCCCACGAUGAAUGCCACCUGGGGCGGCGACUCCAUCGUUCUGAAACGUCGCAUCAACCUUGGGCUGGCGGUCGCCGCUCCCAACGGGCUGAUCGUGCCUGUGAUCCACAACGCGGACCGGCUGACCAUAUCCGGCCUCGCCCACGCCGUCGCCGAUAUUACCGAACGCGCCCGCUCCAAUCGCCUCGCCCUGGACGAUGUGCAGGGCGGCACCUUCACUCUCAACAACACGGGUGCCCUUGGCGGCUCGCUGGUCUCCGGCCCGAUAAUCAACUACCCCCAGGCCGGCAUUAUGACGACCGAGAGCAUCGAGAAACGGCCGGUAGUCCGCGACGACGCCAUCGCCAUCCGAUCCAUGAUGAACAUCUGCCUUGCCUUCGAUCACCGCAUCAACGACGGCGCCGAGGCCAGCGGAUUCUUGGAGGCGGUCAAGGCGCGGCUGGAGUCCUUCGGCCCCGACUCUUCCAUCUACUAG